ACGGCAUUUCAAGCCUGCAGGCAAAUCCAGGCAGUCGCAUGAUCGCAGGUUCUGGAACCACGGAUCCCCUGAGUGUCUUGGCUAUUGUGGCCGCAGUGGUCCAGUUUGCGGACUUCGGUGUGCGCUUGCUAGGAAAUGGGGGUCGGCCUAAACCACAGGACCAAAGCCAUGAAGGCAAUUUUGCUUUGCCUUUGGGACGAUGCAAAGAAAACCAAGAAACGCGAGCAGCAAUUCAGUCCCCAACUGAACAAAGUUAUGGGUAGCUUUCCAGACUGGCUGGAGAGGCCUUCAGAUUCCACCUACUGGAUGACAGGAAAGCCUAGUUCGGGAAAGUCGACACUCAUGAAGUCUAUACUUGCACAACCUCAACUUCAAUCCUACCUCGAGAAGUGGGCAGGAGGUUUACCCCUUGUCGUCGUGACGUUCUACGCUUGGCAUGCGGGCUUUACCCUGCAAAAGUCCUUCUCCGGGCUGAAGAGAACCUUGCUCGUCCAGGCAUUGCAUAGCCACCCCAGGCUGCUGACAAUCGUAGUUCCACGACGAUGGGCAGUCGUGCAGAUCCUUCGAGGGAAUACUACUUUCCCGCUGUGGGAAAAUUGGGAGGUUGACGAAAGCUUUGACGCCCUGUUGUCCGAAAGCGGCAAAAGUCUGCGGCUCGUCAUUUUCAUUGACGGGCUAGACGAGUUUGAUGUCGACGCCAACUAGAUUGUACAACUGGUCAGCCGCAUCACAUCGUCCUCUGGUGACGGAGCCAAGGCCUGUGUGGCAAGCCGACCUUUGGUGGAGUUUGAUGACGCAUAUGGGGACUCGGCGAGUCUCCAGAUCCAUCUCUUGACUGGCCGGGACAUGAAACUCUACGUGGAUAGCCGGUUCAGAGAUUGCAAGGAAUUCAGUGAUCUCAAUACUAUUCAUCCAAGUGAAGCGACCCGCCUGUUGGGAGACUUGGUACACAGGGCGAGCGGAGUUUUCAUUUGGCUUCGGGUUAUCGUUGAUGCCCUCGUCGAUUCUGCCACACAAGGGUCCGGCAUUUUCGAGCUCCACGAUAUUUUGGAGAGCCUCCCC